AUGUUGUCUAGCGGCUUGGACGAGCAGUUUCUUCACCGCUGCUGCGUGCAGCUGUCGGCGCCACUAGUUGACCCCGCGGUGCUGAGCACGGAGCAGGGCAACGCGAUUCAGUUUGCAAAGCAGCACGCCGCGGCCCACCCUCGCGAGGUUGCCCGCGCUCUCGUCUGGCGCGUCGUCGACAGUGCCGAUGACACGCUCGACCAGUCCGUGAACGAAGACCGCGCCGGCGCGUGGAGCGUGCUGACUGCUGUGAUUGCGGAGUGCGGCGACGCGAGCAGCGAAGUGUUCCGCACGUCGCUUGGCGACCAUCUGGCCUCUCUCCUGCCCUACCUCGUCGGAUAUCGCUGGCAUACGUCGGUGCGCAGCAUUCAGGAAGACGGGCUCCACAGUAGCGCCGAGGUCGUUCUCAACUACGACAAGGUCGUCCCAGCGUCGCUGAUCAACGGCUUCAGCACUCGCAACGUCGACUCGUACGCGGUGGCGACGAUGAACCGCCGCUACCGCAAGUACCUCGCCCUGUGGAAGUCCGUGUGGCGCCCAGACGUGUACCAGACACUGAAGGACAUGGUCAAGCGCGUCGAGGCAACCGGCAACUUCCUGCCUCCCGUGGCGGAGGAUGUGUUGGUCGUGCCGGACGGGUAUCGGGAGAGUCUGUGGCGGCUGCGCCGCACAGCGUCGCGGCCGAGCAUCGCGCUGGAGCUGCUGCGCAACUAUGGGUGGCCAAUGACGAUGAUUCCGCGCGAGAACAACAACACGGUGCGGGCACCGAGCUACGUGCUGCCGAAGACAGAGGCAGAACUGCGCCAACUGGACCCGGCAAUGCACCGGACGGUAUUUCAGUGGCUCAAGACCAUGCACCAGAAGCGCGGCGGGUGUGCUGGAUGCGAUUCCUGGGACCACACAGAUACCCGUUGUCCGUGCGAAGGGCCUUUCUGGCGCUCCCCGAGCGACGAGAGUGCCAUGAAGACCCAUCGCGCGCUGGUCGCCACCGUCACCGGCGGUGCGGCGCUGCCGGUCUUGACCUACGUGCAGUCCGCCCGCAUCCUCUACGCGUCCCAUCUUCGGCUGCCGCUGCGCGUGCCGGAGGCCCUGGACAUAAUAACAAAGCUUAUCCGCGACGAGAAGCCCUACGAGGAGUUGCUCGCCGCCUUCGACACGGUGCGUGGUGCCGUGACAGGCCCACGCGAGCGGCACGCCUUGUGGCGGCACGCCUCCUACCACCUUUUACCCUCCAAGACGGUGUUUGCGAAACCGCACGAUGAAGCGCUCAGCCCGUGCAUGACCAAGAUCCGCAACCUCUUCCGGAGCUCACGCCGUUUCCAGGAGUGGGAGCAGCUGAUGGACGCGGUAGACGUUCUUGACAUGUGCUUCCGCCGCCGCGAUGUGUCCAGUCGCGUUCGCCGUAAUCUCGAAGAGGUGCAGGCGACGGCCUCGUUUUUCUUUUGUCUGGUGGACGGCUCCCUCGCGGCGAGCUUCAACCCUGCCACGUACGCGCGAGUGCCAGAGGAGGUCGAGGCGCUGGCCCCCCUAAAGGACAACCUAUGUCGUGUGUGCCUCGAGCCGUUCCACACGGCGGUAACCUGCCCCCUUGUUUGCGAAGACGAAGAGGCCGAGCACCGCCGCCACAGCACGGGCACCAGUGCGACGAAGCCCGUUAUCGAGGAGUGGGACCUGCAGGUGGCGCGCCGCGUCCUAGAGGACAACGAGUGCCUGUUCAUGAAGUACCCGGCGGAGGCGUACCGCCUCGCGGCCGCGAUGGAGCGCAUCGACGUGGACGACCGACCUGCAAAGGACUUCCGCAAGGCUGAGCUGCAACUGGCGGUGAAGCUCAUCCAUGAGCGGCGCGUCGCCGUGUGCCCCCAAUGCAACGUAACCGGGCACAGUUUGCGCAACUGCGAGCGCCGUGCGUACCGCGCGCUGAGUCGAGAGUCGUUGCGGCCGAUCGAUGUGCGGCUUGACCCCCACAAGCUCCGUCAGUGUGUACGGCGCUAUGCGUCAGAGGACGCCUUGCACGGCGAGCUGCUGGAUGCCAUGGACCUGUACGGGCGCGGUGCACAACUGCUGCCAACCGCCUUCAUGAAAGCCAUCCGCGAGAUGGACGACGCCCGUAUCCCGCUCGCUGCGGCCCGCUACGCGACGGACACGGUGCAGAGCUUUCUGCUCUUCAGCAACUCCACCGACCUCCUGCAGCACCUGCGCCAGUUUCGAUCCGCCCGCUUCCCUGAGGUGUGCAUCUUCUGCGACUCGUACCACCACCGCAGUGAGGACUGCACCCGCUGCCGCGAGGACGAGCGCGGGUACCUGCAGGAGCUGCGUCGCACCGGCCUGACUCUCUGGACGUAUCUGCUGCACCGCGACGCCUAUGACCAGCUGCUGCCGACGGAUUACGCACGCGGCAAGGAGAGCGUGUUGGCGCUCGUUGAACAGUUUGAGACCGACUACCGCCCUGGCGGCGUUGGUCGCUCACGCUUCUUCAAGGAUAACGAUCUGCCCGACAUGACACCAGGAGCCAUGAUGGCGAGCACGUACGCGUCCAUCACCGAAACUCCGACACCAACACAGACCCGCGCGGCAGCGGCGGAGACGUCGACUGGGGCAACAGAAGCCGCCACGGCCGAGACGGUCGGGGCCGCGGGCGGCGAGGCAGCGCUGAGUGGGGACGAGGAAGACGCUCUCGGCCACGUCAGCGACAGUAGUGACGAGAAGCACCAAAGUGCACGGACGAACUGCGUGCUGUCGGAGGAGGAGCAUCCACGAAAAAAGCGACCCCGCAGCGAUGGUGACGGCGAGCAGGCGGACGCGGACGCGCGAGCGGGCGAGGAAGCCCGUGUGCGGCAGGAUACGGCGGAGGAGCCGCCCACGGCACGUGCACACGUGGAACAAGGAGCGCAGUAA